AUAUUUGCUCUGUUUAACAGUUCUGUUUUCUAAUAAGAAAAAUGGGUUCCAAGGCUUUUCCUUUGCUAGGUCUUUUGUUGGCAGCCAUUGUUCUUCUCAUCAUCUCUUCGGAGGUCGCAGCGAGGGACCUGGCUCAGACUUCCUCUAAUCAGAAAAAUGUGGAGGCCACCAAAGGGUCCAAUUCUGGAGGAGGUGGUUUUGAUGAUGGUGGACUUGGCGGAAAACAUUCCUGCAAGAAUGGCUGUUGUAAUUAUAACUAUGAAAGUGGCGGGGGCUGCCGUAGAUGCUGCCCUUAAUCUGGUGAAGCUACUUAUGCAGAAACCGAAGCCAAGCCUCAAAACUAAAGCGCGCAACAUAUUUAUCAAAAUUAUGGUGUUUAAUUCCGUUGUAAUUAAUGUUAUAAAUAAGUGCUAAAUUCAAAA